CAUGUGAAAUACAUAAGAACAAUAUACUGAACAUUAUUAAGAAAUGAUUAUAUCUUCACAUAAUCGAUUCCUCCAUCUGUGCCGGCUCGAGGUAAAACAAAUUCUAAAAUGCUCGUCAUCUUGUCUACUCGUCACAGGACAUUUCUGCUGAUGCGGUAAUGUCUUGAAAUGGCAAGGGUUCGCUUAUUGCCCCUUAAUGUAUCUCCCCCCUGAGUUGCAGCAUAAUAAUUUAUCCUGCUCUAAGCCAUUCACACCGAAGUGCCCCACUGCACAAGUGACUAUAGGCUACAGAAGUUGCUCACGUUUCUCUGACUCCAGCGUGAUUUUACAACGAAUGUUAUGCGACGGGAUCAAGAUGUAGACAAAUAAGACAUUUAAGUUUACCGAUACGAAGGGCUCAGACAGUGAUGUCUUGAGUGUUUUAGUCUAUACCAGGGCCUGCACAGAGGAAAGCUCCAAUGUGUUGCGGUGGGGUGCGUUGUAAAGUGUUCAUGUUUUAACAAAUGACAACAAAGCUACGGCAGUCCUGGCUGUCCUAGCGGUUGGAUGACUGUGCUGAGUCGCGGACAAGACGCAGGCAGCAGCAGCAGAUGCAGCGGAGAGCAGCAAUGGUCGAGUCAGCGAGAUCCGCAGUGGAGCCGCACUGAGGCAAAGCAAGCCAGCCCCUUAUCUGGGGACUAGGACAACACAUAGUGGGAGAAAAAGAAGAGGCAUUUAGAAGUAAAUUGUAUCAACCCAAAAACUGAAUGCCGCCUGUUCAAUCAGAUUAACCGGAUAACCGGAAUUCCACAACUCCUUGGACCUACAAGAUGACCGUUGUGGCAGGAGAUAACAUGGAUGAGACCGCAGCCGUACCGGGGCACCCGCAGGACGCGUACCCCCCCGACCAUGAAGACCACGACUGCUGCGAAAGAGUGGUCAUCAACAUAGCGGGGAUGCGGUUCGAGACCCAGCUCAAAACUCUCUCCCAGUUCCCCGAGACAUUGCUAGGCAACCCCAAGAAGAGGAUGCGCUACUUUGACCACCUGAGAAACGAGUAUUUCUUUGACAGAAACCGUCCCAGUUUCGAUGCCAUCCUCUACUAUUACCAGUCCGGGGGAAGGCUGAGAAGGCCCGUCAACGUCCCGUUGGAUAUGUUCUCGGAAGAGAUCAAGUUUUAUGAGUUGGGAGUGGAUGCCAUGGAGAAAUUCCGUGAGGAUGAGGGCUUCGUCAGGGAGGAAGAACGUCCUUUACCUGAGAAGGAAUUCCAGCGUCAGAUCUGGCUGCUUUUUGAGCACCCAGAGAGCUCGGGUCCGGCCAGAGGGAUUGCUAUAGUAUCUGUAAUGGUAAUUCUGAUUUCCAUAGUCAUAUUUUGUUUAGAGACUUUACCCGACUUGAAAGAGGAUCCUAAGGGUCGGUUUAAGACUGUAGGGAAUCAUACCUUUUACUACAAACCAAACAUCCUGACCGACCCUUUCUUCAUUAUUGAAUCUCUUUGCAUUAUCUGGUUCUCGUUUGAGUUGAUCGUGCGGUUUUUCGCGUGUCCAAGCAAGGCAGUCUUCUCCAAAAACAUGAUGAACAUUAUUGAUAUAGUGGCCAUCAUCCCUUACUUCAUCACACUGGGCACGGAGCUGGCUGAGGACCCCGAAGACCAGGACGAGGGCAUGGGGGAGCAGGCGACAUCUCUGGCCAUCCUCAGGGUAAUCAGACUGGUCAGAGUGUUUAGAAUCUUUAAGCUGUCACGACACUCCAAAGGAUUGCAGAUCCUGGGACAGACCCUCAAGGCCAGUAUGCGCGAACUCGGAUUGCUGAUAUUUUUCCUCUUCAUCGGAGUCAUCCUCUUCUCCAGCGCGGUGUACUUCGCAGAGGCCGAGGAGAGAGGGUCGCACUUCGGCAGCAUACCGGAAGCUUUCUGGUGGGCCGUGGUGUCUAUGACAACUGUGGGCUAUGGGGAUAUGGUGCCUGUCACUAUAGGGGGCAAGAUAGUGGGUUCCCUUUGCGCCAUUGCUGGUGUGUUGACGAUUGCGCUCCCAGUGCCUGUCAUUGUGUCCAACUUCAACUACUUCUACCACAGGGAGACCGAGGGAGAGGAGCAGGCCAAACUCUUAGAAGUUAGUGAACCAAACAUUAGUGAAAGCAACUCUAGUCGCCGCAGCUCGUCCACAGUCAGCAAAUCCGAAUACAUGGAAAUUGAUGGAGACAUUAAUAAUAGCAUCGACAAUUUUAGAGAGGCAAACCUCAGAACUGGCAAUUGCACUCUAGCAAACCAAAACUGUGUAAAUAAAAGCAAGCUGCUCACAGAUGUGUAGAAUCGAAUGAGAUAACAUGGGACGUACAUGAUGCCGUCACACGUUGAGUACACCAUCCUUUUUGAAUGCUUCAUUCGCCUCCUAUAAGCGCUCUAGCAUUAUGACAACAACCAUGCUCACCAAUUUGAAAGGAAUUAUUUGAAAGGACAAAAAUAUGAAAAUGAAACUGUUAUUAGAGAAUACGACAGAUAGAGUAAUUCCUUAUUUUAAAAUGAUCAUUCAAAUACGUAUUAAAAAAAAAAUAUUAAAAAUAAACAUCAACUUCUAUUUAACACGCACACGCAUAAUCGCGCGCCCUUGGAGGACGACUAACCAACACCACUUAGGCGACAUGUCUGUUUUUAAUCAGACAAAGCCAGGCGUGAUCAUUAAAACGUUAUGCAUCGGUACAGAUAACAUUUUAGCAAGUGCACACUGCAUCAAGGAUCAAAUGCAUCAUAAAUGCCAUCUGCUGCAAAGAGAGAGACACGCAAGUCAGGAUCUGCAGCACCCAGUCAGUGGUCAGGCCGACCGACACCUGGCCUGAAGUCCGAGGCGACUCCUCUACCCCUCUGUCAACAAAGGAUCUACUAUCCAGCAAAGCACCUUAUAGGAAAAAUACUGAUAACGGAGGAUCACUGAUCUCCUGGUUUGGAUGUUAAAAAGAGGCUGAUGAUCUACUUGCCUCAGUCUGAUAGACCUACGGACAUCCGCAAUGCUGCUAUUUUCCAGCAGUAAAAUGCUGUAAUUACGAUAUCAGCAAGUGGUUCAAUGGCAGUUUUGCCCGUUAGAUGCAAGACAGCACAAUGAUAUAACAGAAGAGCGUCACAUGAGCAUGUUUAGAAGAGACUCCCCAUACAUUUUGAUAUUGGCAUGCGUGAUGAUGAGACAUAACCUUAUAAUAAUGCUAAAAAUAUAUAUUUAUUUAGGAUUUUUCCAUCCCCCUAUGCCUUCAUUCGAUUCCCCUUUAUUAUUCGUUUUCACUUAGAGUGCAGCACUGGUUUGAAAUAGUUUUUGAUUUGAAAAUGCCUAAUUAUUUAGCGAGUGAAUGUUAAUAAAAAAUCUUAAGGGAAACAGUAACUAAACGAAGAUCAUAGCAUGAGAAAAAGUAAACUGCAUUACGGCCUAUCGACUAAGGUACUGUGUAUCCUAGUAUAUCUAAAUGCAUGACGUCAGUAUUCAGCUUGUUGCAAUUACAGACACUCUGAAACGUGUAUCAUACUGUCAUGGAAACGAAACGUGGAAACUUUUAAAAAUCUCUGAACCGUUUCUGAAAUGUGACAAAAAUAUAUCCAAAAACCCAACUCGGGGAUGCUGACUUUCUAAUUUAAAACGUAGGAGAUCAAAGAAGCAGAAUAAAUACUUAUUAUCAAAAUGCAUAUACUCAUAAAGCACCAAGUUACAGUAUUACUUCAAUAGUGCAGUGCAUGGACCUUUGAACAUAGAAAAAGUAAACCUAUUAUGAGUCAGGCCUUCCAUUUCACCACUAAAUUUAGGGAUGCGUUUGUUUGUUUUCACAAACAAAACAACGGAAACAACUCUUAUUUCACUGAAAUUAGCCGUUGUUUAAUAGAUAUUGCCAAUCAUAAUUUUGUACAUUAGUUGCUAGUGCCUUUACCCAGCUCACCAUGCAUCAGGCUCAGUGAAAGUGCCUCUGUGUAUGUAGCCUACAAUGGAAAUCCAUGACAAGUUGAACAGAUUGGAUGCAAAAGAUCUUGCUUGCUUUGGCACUAUUAUGCUGUUAUUAUUGUUGUUGAUGGUGAGGAUGAUGAUGAUUGAUUAUUCUGAUCAUUAUUAAUACAGUCAGAGAAUGUUUGGUGAAAACAACCAUGGAAGUGCACUACCAACAUGAUCCGUAGUUGAGUUGACCCAAGACUCUAGAACAAGAUUAUGCUUCUCCACCCAUGCACCACUUCAAGUCAAAAGUGGAUAUCCAUUGCUUUGCUUUGCUUGUGUUGCUGUUGCUAUUGAUUUAUGUGCCAUAAGUCUUUUAAAUGUGUCUACCUCAGUGAGGUCACGGCAGAGCUCACUGCAGAGCUGCAAGCCAGGCCAUUCUUCGAUGCAUAAACAUGCAAAAUGGCCUCUUAAGUGGAGUAGACUGUGGUCAUCAGGGCCUGUGUUUAUAAAUGGUCUCCGAGUGCUGAGUGCUGAUCUAGGAUUAGGUCCCCCACUGUCCAUGUAAUCUUAUUCAUUAUGACCUCAAAGACUAAUCUGAUCCUAGAUCUGUACUCCUACUCUGAGAUGCUUUAUGAACACAGACCCUGAUGUUAAACUCUUAGAUUGGCCCCUAAAAGUAGCCUUAGAGAAGCACUUAGGUCUUAGGACAUACUGUUCCAACCACCCUUACCCCUAUCCCAUUUCCCUUCCAAGCUACGCACAAUCAAAAAAAAACACAAAAAAAAAACGCAUUACUAUAGAAGUAGAGUUGACUAGAGCAUAGUGAUGUAGAAUGACUGAUUCUCGCAAAACAUGUUGAUACAAAUGGUUUGGUUUGGAUUCUUUAGUAUUACAGUUGUUGAGAAGUAAGGCAGGUUUGCUACUAUUAAAUCAUAGAAAUACCCUGGGCAAUUAUAUCUGUGAAUGUGCCACACGUCAUUGAUAUGCGUAUAGAUAGAAAUAGAAUUACUCACAUCCAUCACAGAACAUUGACUUGAAUGGGAAUGUCCAUUCUAGCAAUUGCAUUUCUAAGUGUGUAUCUGUCACAGAAUGACAAUGGAGCAGCCAAGGGCUCUUAAACUGUUUGUUUUUUUGCAUAUUGUAAUUUCACUCUGGGCAAUAUAAGUGCAUUAUUAGAUGCUACACCGUUGUUACUGUUUCCAUUUGCUCAAUAGCUACAUCUAUUUAUUUCGUAAUUGAGUCUUCCAGCGCUCCGCAAAGCGUACUGAUGCAGUGUGAAUCUUGUUUCGUUAUUGCAGCAAAAUUUGUUCUGCAAGUGUGUGAAAUGACCAGAUGAUUUAGGGUCAAGACAUAUGUUGUUAUGGUAGCGACACAAUGUUGGUGACACUGAAGUUGAGGGGUGAUACACAAGACAGGUGUUAUGAGACCACACUUAAAUAUCGCUAAAGAUUCAAAGGCCUUCAUGAUGGUGUGUCAUUUGAUGAAAAGUACUGUACCAUGUUUCCUUUCUCUUUUUCCAUUUGGCCUUUACUGUAUGUAUACCCCCUCAACUAAAAUUUCUCAGCUAGUGAAGCAUUUGCUUUCAUCAGUUUGUGCAAAGGCUCCACCUUUUGCGGACUAUCAGAAAGCCUCUAUGUGAACAUUGGUUAUGGACGAGGCCUUUUUUGAUUCUGUGAAUCGAGUUGCUGGUCGUUUUGCGCUAUAUGUUAUCGGCUAUGUUCUCUUUAUUUGCUCAUGGCCGUUGUAGUGUAUUGCUGGGGGACUUAGAAUGUGUCUGUCUGCAACAGGUCUGGUGUCUGUCUAUGCGAGAGCCUUCCUAGAUGUCAGUUCAUUUGACAUUAUGAGGUGAAUAUGUCAGUGGAGUUGACAUAUGAGUGCAAAAAAAACGUUACUUCUGUGUCAGGGAUUUUUAAGGUUUCUAACCAAGAGAAUGUCAUCAGGUCUUAAGAACAGACAUAUAGAAUACCCCAAAAUAGAACAAAUAAAAAGUGAUUAUCCACAGCAACCUUAUCUAUACCAUGUACAGUAGCUAGCUGACAAACAGGGAAAUUAUAUAUUUUUACCAUAUGUGGUGUCUCUUAUGGCCCAGAAGUGUAGUUGGAUAAAACAGGUCCUAUUCCACCAAAUACCCAUGAUGCAACAGUUCAGAGUGAGGUUGAGGGAACACAUGCAAAACCCCUCAUGUCACGAUACCAGUGCAUCCAUUGCUCUUGCUGUGAGGGCAAUCUAUGUAUGGUGCUAUGCAUUCAAUUAUUCUACAAAAAACUAAAAAUGCAUUCUUAUAGUAAUAGAAUUGCAGUUACCUGUUUCUUAGAAACUUUUGUAAAAUAGGAGUUGAAUGAAUCUGUUUAAAAAAAUUGUUGAGGAAAAAGACGAUCUCUUGACAAGACAUUUACAACAGGGCUGUCUAUGCUGUUAAUUCUUUGAUUUAGUUGUUAAGGACAGUUGGGGUCAAAGGUCAAAGUGUUCAUCAGGGCAAAGCAUAGCAAUAUUAUUUAACAUGCUUUGCAACAGAAAACACAAACAAGCAUUUCUUACUGGACAAGAAAUUGGACAAGAAAUGUAUUCAAUUUCUGAGUGUUUUAUUCUAUUUGGUGCCUAAUGAACCUAAUGAACACGGCCCUGUCCUUACAUUAAACAGAUAGCCCCUAUGAAGAAACAGACAAGUCCUCAACUGAAAGCUUCAUUAUAUAGUACACGCAAAACACAAGUCUCAACGUCAACAGUGAAGAGGUGACUCCGGGAUGCUGGCCUUCUAGACAGAGUUCCUCUGUCCAGUGUCUGUGUUCUUUUGCUCAUCUUAAUCUUUUCUUUUUAUUGGCCGAUCUGAGAUAUGGCUCUUUCUUUGCAACUCUGCCUAGAAGGCCAGCAUCCCGGAGUCGCUCUUCACUGUUGACGUUGAGACUGGUGUUUUGCGGGUACUAUUUAAUGAAGCUGCCAGUUGAGGACUUGUGAGGUGCCUGUUUCUCAAACAAGACACUCAAAUGUACUUGUCCUCUUGCUCAGUUGUGCACCGGGGCCUCCCACUGCUCUUUCUAUUCUGGUUAGAGCCAGUUUGCUACGUUCUGUGAAGGGAGUAGUACACAGCGUUGUACGAGAUCAUCAGUUUCUUGGCAAUUUCUCGCAUGGAAUAGCCUUAAUUUCUCAGACCAAGAAUAGACUGAUGAGUUUCAAAAGAAAGUCCUUUGUUUCUGGUCAUUUUCAGCCUGUAAUCGAACCCACAAAUGCUGAUGCUCCAGAUUCUCAACUAGUCUAAAGAUGGCCAGUUUUAUUGCUUCUUUAAGCAGGACAACAGUUUUCAGCUGUGCUAAAAUAAUUGCAAAAGGUUUUUCGUAUGAUCAAUUAGCUUUUUAAAAUUAUAAUGAAUUAGCAAACACAACGUGCCAUUGGAACACAGGAGUGUCCUCUGUACGCCCAUGUAGAUAUACCAUUAAAAAUCUCGAGCUACAAUAGUCAUUUCCAACAUAAACAAUGUCUACACUGUAUUUCUGAUCAAUUUGAUGUUAUUUUAAUGGACAAUAAAUGAGCUUUUCUUUCAAAAACAAGGACAUUUCUAAGUGAUCCCAAACUUUUGAACGCUAGUGUAUUUUUACAGCGAUCAUCCAAUCCUCAUCAAACUCAUAGGUUGAUCUGGAGUCGUUUUCUAGUUAGGACCCUAUGUUGAUAAAUGGGGCAAAGUAGCCAGUAGCAGCCUCCCGGAGGGAAUUAAUAGCCUGAAAUGCAAUGCACUUACAGCAAGCGUCCACCCAGUGCUGGAUGGAAUGGCUGUGUGUUUAGUGUGAACUUAGUGUGACGGAGAAGGUGCCCAAAUGGGUCCCAAAUGGGCCUAUUGUUCUUUCUCUUUUUUUUUGCAUUCAUUUGAAAUGCUUUCAGAGAUGUAUGUUCUUCAAAAGGAAGACGUGUGUGAGAAGGUCUUUAAAAAAAAAAAAACGUAAUUCAGAGAAAUGACAACACAAAAAAACAAAAAUAUAAGUAAACCGUACCUAUCUAAAAAAAGUAGUAAGAAAUCAUUUAGCUAUAGUAAAAAUAGAGUAUAGCAAGAACAUAUAUAUUGCAAAAGGCCUAUACCAAUGAUGACUAUCCUUUCAUUGUGUGUCUUUUUUUCUUUUUUUUCUGUGGCACUAUAUUACGAUUGUCUGAUUGUUUUGAGGAAGAACAUGCCAUAAUAUACUGAAAUAUCAAUUACUCUAUAAUAAUGUGUUCCUCUGGCAAGCCAUGAUAAUUCAACUGAAGUAGCCUACUAUUAUCAAUUUAUUGUAGGCCUACCUUUGAAUGAUAUGGACUACAAUCCACUAUAUUAGCAUCGGGAUAAAUGGAUCGUCUUCUCAUUUUAUUUCAAGAGAUACUGGAAAAUUCAUCCUAACAAACCACACCAUUGAAGAGCGUUUCCAAAUGCCCAUUACUAAAAACCAACUGAUAAUGUAUAGAUCAUGUACACAUAUCUCAACGGCAACCUACUGAUCACAAAAACUGCAUGGUCAACGGAAGACUGCAUGAGCUUUUCAAAACGGUGGAUCAGAUAUAAUGACAGUUUGCAUCACUUAAAAGAAAACCCUUGCUUUCAUCUACACCAAAGGCCUUUUUUUUCAUAUGAAAUACCCUCCUUUAUUAUACAUUUCUGCUUUUCUUUUUAUUGCCAAAAACAUGAUCGUUUGCUUAAGAUAUUGACAAACACUUCUAUCUCGGAUCAGGCGUACCUUCUGGUUUUCAUCGUGGAUCAGGCGUACGUUCCGACUAUUGACAUCCCACCAUGUUCAAACUAGCCUGGUCUCAGGUCUGUUUGCGCUGUCUUGCCAACUAUAUGGUCGUUGUCAGGCCAAACAUGUUUGGCAAUUACCAAUGACAACGAUCAUAGGAGUUGGCUGCACAGCACAAACAGAUCUGUGACCGGGCUGUACGUUCAAACCUCACUUUAGUUAGAAUGGUGAUGAGAGGUGACUCGUUUUUGUUUGAUGACAGGGAGUGAUAUGAUGGUAGACGUGUGAUUACUACGAGUUUGUCGUCCUGUCCAUCCAUCAGACAUGGUUCUCAUCCCAAAUGACACCCUAUUACUUAUAUAGUGCAUUACUUUUGACAAGAGCCCUAUGGGUCCUGGUCAAAAGUAGUGCACUAAAUAGGCAAUAGGGUGUGAUUUUGGAUACAACCCAUUGUGCACCUACAUGUAUAUAGGAAUGACAUCCUAUAGAAAACCUUGAAGAACCUAUGGAAAUGUGACCACGUGCAUUGUAUUUAGGGAAGCUGGCUUGCUUUGGAACGAGCAGCUCAGAGAGGCACGAGGGACUGUUGACUCCUGGGGUCUGUUCGGGAGGGUGCAACGUUACGAGACAUUCAGAUAGAAAUGUAUUGUGUAGAUGAGAUAUGACCAUCUGUCAUGUAGAACAGUGAGUCAUGUCAGCUAUACCCGUCACAUGUCUAACUGCAACAUUCUCAAGGUUUCACGUCGCUGAAUAAACUCCUGCUCUUGUUUUUUAAUUAUAAGUAGUCCAUUUGCCUACUGAACAUUGCAAAUGUGUUCUUUUAUGUUUGUUCGUCACUGUUCAUGUUUUGUUUUUUACGAGGAUUAUGCUACGAUACGUUCAGUUUGUCAGACGUCUGACAAAGGCAUCGUCUGUGAUCUAUGCAAGGGUAUUUCUUUUCUUACUUAUGUCACACUUCAUGAUUUCAUCGUACAUCAAAUACAAUAAAAUUUGUAAGGAUCUCA